AUGCCGAAUGAAGGCAGGUGUAGGUGGCAGGUCCCAGGGGAGGUGGUAGGCGGAUCAUGGUGGCUAAUUGUAGGGUAUCUUCCAUUUCUUAGCCGUGAUCUGCACAAACAGUUUGUCAACAAGGCUAACACUUAUGGUCCCUUUUUCAACUUCCAGCUCGGAAGCAAACUUCAUUUCCUGAUAAACACCCCUGACUUAGCAAAGGUAGUGGUUCGUGAGAAGGAUGAGAUCUUUGCUAACCACAAUCCAACAAUUGCUACCUUAGGCAGCUCUUAUGGGGGGCAAGAUAUUGUAUGCUCAGACAGCAAUUCAGAUUGGCAUGAAGGGACAUAUUUGUAA